UUGCAGGUUUCAACGUAAUAUCCCGGAUUCUCAGUCAUCAAAGGUCAGCCUUGGAUUCAGGGGAUAAAAGGGCUUAAAAGUGAGAUUUGGAUCUCUGUUAGCUUCCCAUUGCUACAGACCGAGGCAGCCAGUCCAGCAGGAUGAUCCUCACUCUCUUCCUGGGCCUCUUGGUCCUGGUGCACGGUGCCUGGAGUACAUCUCCCCCAGAUCAGGUCCAGCAGCCUCAUCCUCUCCUCCUGGAGCCCAGCUGCAAUGACUCUCGAGUGUUGUCUGUGGCGGGCCUUGCUUUGGAAAAGAUCAAUGAAGACCGGAAAGAAGGCUACGUCUUCAGACUCAAUCGAGUGGCUGAUGUCUUAGAACAUCAUCAGGAAGGUUCAGGCUCCGUGUAUUACCUUACCCUUGAUGUAUUAGAAAUGAAUUGUCACGUGCUCAACAAAAAACACUGGAAGGAUUGUGAGGUCAGGCAGCUGCACGAUUCAAUUUAUGGCCGGUGCAAAGUCAUAUUUUAUGUCAACUUGCCAAGAAGAAUUCUCUACUUAGCUGCCUAUAAUUGCACCGUUCGUCCAGUUUCUGGAAGAGAGAUUGCCACAUUGUGCCCCGAUUGCCCAGUGCUCCUUCCCAACAACAUCUCAGAUCCAAGGAUUUUUCAAACUGUUAGUGAAUCUCUGGAAAAAAUCAACAAGGAGAUUGGAGUGGGGAAGAAAUUUCAUCUCUUCAAAGUCACCGAAGUUCAUACCCAGUGGGUUGUGGGCCCUUCCUACACCGUGGAAUUCUUAGUCACCGAGUCACCCUGCACCAAGUCGCUGCCUGAAAAAUGUCUGCCACCACCUGCUGAUGCCCAGCCUGUAGGAAUUUGCAAAGGUUCCCUAAGUAGAGACCGCAUGAAAAAAUAUAUCGCUGGGACGUGUGAAUUCUUCCAAAGCCAGCCAACUUUGGCCCCUGAGAGCCAUCCCCCGGAGCACCAGGUUCCACAGCAACUGGCCUCCACGACUGCGCCCCCACUGGAGGGUCCAAAGGGAUCUGUCCAGUUUUUGCCUGACCCGUCUAUAGGGAAAAUUGAAGAUGACCUGGAACAGACCCCUCCUCUGACCUUCCCUGCACAUGUCAGCUUGACUACACAUCCCCUGGGAGAGGUUCUACAGCUACCAUCCCAUUUCCUGCUGGACAAAGAGGAGCUGCCCAUUGUGCUUCCUUUCCCAGAAGAAUCAAGAUCAAAUGAGUGUCCAGGACCUGCUGAGCACUCUAAUUCUCUGAUUCUUCCACCAUGAAAGUCAAUUUCUCUCUCUCUCUCUCUCUCUCUCUCUCUCUCUCUCUCUCUCUCUCUCUCUCUCUCACACAUACACACACAUCUGGUAUCAUGCUUGCAAUGGAGAGAUGGAGGGGAAAGAGAGAGUAUCUGGUAUCCCACAAUUUCAUGCUGAGUAUAAUAAAGUUUUUCCUUUUUUGGC